AUGCCCUCCUUCCGACAGAAGGUUACAACUUACUUCCGUCAACUAAGUUUUGUUUCGGAACGAGACCAGCGUGUGCCAACGCAACAAUGCUCUACUAUGGCGUCCGGAAGUUUCAUGACCAGAUAUUUAGAAGGCGAAUGGGAACCUCCAGAUAUUAAGGCGCCUAUUUUCAAUGGUAAAUUACCGGAGGACUUGCCGGAUGUACGUAUCGGACGGUAUGUUGUCAGCAGAACCGAAACUGAUGCCGCCUAUACAGGACCAUUUGAAGGCCUAACGGGAGUAAGGCGAGCAAAGUCGCAUCUAACGGCUGGCAUUGAAGACGACAUAGACUACAUUGACGUUCUGCAAGAGCAAGGUUCCACGUCGCAACAGGAACCAUCUACCAAACCAUCAGUACCUGGAUUGGAUACAAAUUCAAACACACAGUCGCUUAUGUUGAAUGCUGCUGUGAAACGUUCCGAAUCUCAUUCCACGAUCAUAAAACAGACGAAUGCGGACAAAAAUCUGGAAACCAAAAAGAUCAACGAUGAUCCUAUUGCUAACAUCACUGACUGGAACCGUCCAAACGACGAUGCGUACGGUAUAUCUGUUUCGUUGUACGAGAAGCAUCUGCAUACGUCGGGCAAUGUUGGUGAUCCGAUUGCUGAUUGCUUUGGUAUAAUAUCCCGAGCCGACUCAUGUAUAAUGGCCAUGGCAGAUGGUGUCAAUUGGGGUGAAGGAGCCCGGAUUGCUGCAAGGUCUGCUAUUCAGGGUGCAAUUGAAUAUUUAAAUUCGGCUGUAUUUGGCAUACAUCAAGUGUCAUCAACCAGAGAAAUAUUCGUUAGCUUGAUUCGUAGCUUUUGGGAAGCGCACAAUUACAUACUCCAAGUUGGAGGUGCUUUGAGUACGUUGACAGUCGCCAUUAUUUUACCCGUUGAAUCGUCUGAACAAAGUGUAGUAUGCUGUUGCAAUGUAGGAGACUCGCUUGGUUAUAUAUUUGCAAAGAACAACAUCAUGCGAGAGAUUACAAUGGGAUCACAUGAUGUUAGUCUUAUGCGAGAUAUGCGAGAUGCGUUAGGUGCAUUGGGUCCUGUAUAUGGUGAUAAACCGGAAAUGAGCAAUCUCACACUAUCCAUGUCCUACGUCGACGAAGGAGACAUCGUGUUCCUUACUUCGGAUGGAAUCAGCGAUAAUUUUGAUCCAGUAGUUGGAAAAUUUGCUGAAGCCGUAGGCAGCAAAACUAGCGCCGGAAACAACCCACCCGGAAAUGUGACCAACGUCAACAAACAAUCAUCACAUCAACAUCAUGAGCGUAAAAGUAAGCCGGGAUUAGCACCCAAAAGACAAAACAAAAGUGCGCCAAUGCUUACUCUAGCGCAAAGUAACGGUGCAAUGGAUCUGCAACAUGCCAAUGCAAAUCAUGCAGGUGGUUCGCGUACAGAGCGAAAAGUACCGGUCCCUGUAAGAAAACCAACGCCUACGCAACUCGCUGGAGCUCAGGAAAAAAAUUACGGUUCGAAGUAUGUGACACGGUCGAAAACAUUUAUUGAACCGGCGGCCGUAGUAAGGCGAACGAAUAAUAUCGUUGCAAAGGCCUCCUCUCCGAUGAUACUGCCGCAAGUAACAGCACAGCAGAGACACGUACUAACACUUUUACGAAUAGCCGAUUUGUUGGUGUACGGUAUUAAUGGUUCGCUGCGGCCCUGCACGAAUGCAAAGCAAUUGUGUCAGCUUUUGAUUGAUUUUGUAUCGUGUAUUACAGCGGCCAAACGCAAGCUACUGGAGCAACGCGAACUUUACUAUAAAAUAGUAUCCAAUCCAGAUGGAAGUCGCAAGGAAGUUGCGCACAGUGUACACGAACACAAAGUGAUACGGAAGCGUAUGGUUGAUGGAACAACAUUUUCGUUGCUGCCGGGUAAACUGGAUCACGCCUCGAUUGUCGCGUACACCGUACACAGAUAUAAAUCGAAACCUACGGCUGAACAUAUUAUAUAA